AUGCCAGACCAUGAUUCGGAGAAACAGGCGGCUGCGACUGGGUCGACCAGUUCCUCAGUUGUCCCCGGUACAACAUCGGAGAAUAUCAACUGCAAUAAUCUUGCCCGUAAGCUGUCGCCUCGCCAAGUACAGAUGAUAGCCAUCGGUGGUACAAUCGGAACAGGAUUGUAUCUUGGAACCGGCAGGGCAUUAGCAACCGGAGGGCCGGGCUCAAUGCUUCUGGCCUACACGAUUUGUGGUGCUAUUGUCUUUCUGACGAUGCUAAGCUUGGGGGAGAUGGUGGCUUUUAUUCCUGUUAGCGGUUCCUUCUGUACAUUUGCAGGGCGGUUUGUGGAUGAAGGUCUAGGGUUUGCGUUGACCUGGAAUUACUGGGCCAAUGAUGCAAUCUCCACUGCCUCGGAUGUCAUCGCAUUGCAAGUUCUACUGCAAUAUUGGACAGACAAAUUUCCAGGUUGGGUGCUGAGCCUUAUCUGCCUUAUAUUUGUGCUUGGGCUGAAUUUAUGCUCUGUGAGAAUCUUCGGAGAGGCCGAGUACUGGCUCUGCCUAUUGAAAGUCAUGACGAUUAUAGCCUUUAUAAUAGUUGGCAUUGUCGUGAAUUGUGGCGCCAACACCGAGCAUACGUAUCUCGGCGACAAAUACUUCUCCGUUGGCGACGCCCCCUUCGUUGGGGGAAUCGGGGGCAUGGCAUCUGUUUUCGUGACAGCCUCAUUUGCAUACGGCGGCACGGAAAACGUUGCGAUGACUGCCGGCGAGACCCGCGAUCCAGCGCGCACCUAUCCCGGUGUGAUUCGGAACGUCUUUUGGCGCAUUGUCGUGUUUUAUGUCGUCUCAAUCGCUAUCAUUGGGUUUGACGUGCCGUACAAUUAUCCCGGUCUCGCUAGCUCCCGUGCUGAUAGCUCCACCAGCCCCUUCACCAUCGUUUUCGCCGAAGCCGGCAGUGCGAUGGCAGGCAGCUUCGUCAAUGCUGUGGUCAUGACAAGUGCAAUCUCAGCUGCCAAUCACGCUCUCUUCGCAGGAUCCCGCCUCCUGUAUACCCUGGCCAUGGAGGGAUACGCGCCUCGACAAUUGAGCCACACGAACCACUUCCAAGUUCCUUGGGUCGCGGUGCUGACCACUACGGUCAUCAGCGCGCUAUGCUUUGGUGCCAGUAAAGCCGGCGCUGGCCAACUGUGGUCCUGGUUACAGAAUCUUGUCGGGGUAUCCAAUCAGAUUUCCUGGACGUGUAUCUGUAUCGCUUCCCUCCGAUUUCGUGCUGCCAUUCGACGCCAACAGCUUGAGCAUUUGCUCCCGUUCAAGAACUUCACGUAUCCCGUCGGUCCGGCGCUAGCCGUCGCACUGAACAUCUUCCUCGUCCUGAUCCAGGGUUGGUCUUGCUUUAGCCCACGGUUCGAUGCGGUCAGUUUCGUGUCUUACUAUGUUGAGAUCCCGGUCAUGGCAGCCAUGUUCCUGGGCUGGAAAUUUUGGAAGGGCACCAAGAUUGUGCUGCUUGAUGAGAUGGACCUGCUUACAGAUCGGUACCAGCUUGAGAAUGAAGAAACACUUGUCAGUCCCCACAGCUCUGGCAAUCCCCUGCCGCGUAGUUGGCCCAAUGUCCCGGGCGUGGGAAUAUUGCGGAGUGCCGCGAAAUACAUAGCGUGA